UGAAAGGGAGCUGGACCUUGCGGACCUGGGGUGCCUCCACGACCUAGGGCAGGCAGCUCCGGGGGCCUGGCCAACUCGGCGGCCCCCGGGAGGCCGCGGGGACAGUACAGACAGCGCACCCUUGGAUGAGGUCCCGCAGCGACGCCCCAGCCCGCCCCGCUGCUCCUCCUCCUGCCAGGCCAAGUUGCCUCCCAUUUGGGGAGUUUUGUGGGUUUUCUUUCUCCUCCUCCAACCUCUGCGGAGGCCACGACUCAGGCGCCAAAGCCGGGGGCCGCCUCCAUGGUGCAGGGCAGCCGCUGCUGAAGUCAGCGAAACCGAGCUUGGCCUGGAGCAGGCCGCGCGAGAGGCCAAAGCCAUGGCCAUAGCCACGUCGGCCCUGCUGGCCCGGGCACUCUACGACAACACCGCUGAGUCCCCCCAGGAGCUGUCCUUCCGCCGAGGGGACGUUCUACGGGUACUGCAGAGGGAGGGUGCUGGUGGGCUGGACGGCUGGUGCCUCUGCUCCCUGCAUGGCCAGCAGGGCAUUGUGCCCGCCAACAGAGUGAAGCUCCUUCCUGAUGGUCCGGCACCCAAGCCCAGCCUCUCCCAGGUGCCUGGCUCACCAUAUCCAGCCCCAGAGCACAGCAAUGAGGACCAGGAGGUGUAUGUGGUGCCACCCCCAGCUCGGCCCUGCCUGACCUCAGGAUCUCCAGCUGGACCCUGCCUGCCCUCUCCUGACCCCAUCUACAAGGUCCCCAGAGGCGGUGGGACCCAACUGGCUGCUCCUGGAGAUGCCUCGGAGGUAUAUGACGUGCCCCACUCUGCCCUCCGAGUUCCUUCCAGUGGCCCCUAUGACUCCCCUGCUUCCUUUUCCCGCCCUCUGGCCCGGGUCACUUCGCAAACCCCUGGAGAGGAUGAAGCUCCCUAUGAUGUGCCUCUGGCCCCGAAGCCACCGUCAGAGCUGGAGCCAGAUCUGGAGUGGGAGGAGGGCCGAGAACCAGGGCCCCCUCUCUAUGCUGCCCCCUCCAACCUGAAACGGGCAUCAGCCCUGCUCAAUCUGUACGAAGCACCAGAGGAACUGCUAGCAAAUGGGGAAGGCGGGGGCAGUGACGAAGACAUCUACGACGUGCCCCUGCUGGGGCCAGAGACACCCUCAUCUCCAGAGCUCCUGAGAGCCUCGGCCUUCAAUGACACAGACACCCGGGCCCUGCUUCUGGCCAGGAGCCCUCCCCCCUCUCAUAGGCCCCGGUUGCCCUCUGCUGAGAGCCUGUCCCGACGCCCUCUGCCUGCCCUGCCUGUCCUUGAGGCCCCCAGCCCUUCCACGGCUCCCUCUCCUGCUCCAGGAAGAAAGGGCAGCAUCCAGGACAGGCCUCUGCCUCCACCCCCACCCCGCCUGUCUGGCUAUGCAGGCCCUAAGGGUGAGGGGCAUUCAGAGGGCCAGGAGGUGGAGGAUGAUUCAGCAGAGGAACACAAUGAGUACGAGGGCAUCCGGAUGGCCGAGGAGUACGACUAUGUCCACCUGAAGGGUAUGGAUAAAGCUCAGGGAUCUAGGCCCCUGGAUAAGACCUUCCCUGGGGAUCCUGAAUUGUUGGAGAGGGGCCCACCGGAGCAGCAGGAGGUCCUCUCCCCAGGAGAGCCGCUGGUUCUGCCCGCUGGAGACCUGCAGCUCCUGCACUUCUACGCAGGGCAGUGCCAGAGCCACUACUCAGCACUGCAGGCAGCUGUGGCAGCCCUGAGGGCCAGCACCAGGGCCAAUCAGCCCCCACGCCUCUUCGUGCCCCAUGGCAAGCGGUUGGUGGUGGCUGCUCACCGCCUGGUGUUUGUUGGGGACACACUCGGCCGGCUGGCAACCUCUGCCCCUCUCCGAGCACAGGUUGGGGCUGCAGGUACAGCGCUGGGCCAGGAAUUGCGGGCUACUGUGCUCGCUGUCAAGGGGGCCGCCCUGGGCUACCCAUCUGGUUCUGCAGCCCAAAAGAUGGCACAGUGUGUGACACAGCUGGCAGGAAAGGCCCUGCAAUUCACCACCCUGCUCACCAGCCUGGCCCCCUGAGGAUCCCUUGGCCCUGCUCUGACCCUACCCUGCCUGCCAGGGCCCCACUCCAGUCUUUGAGCAGCUGGCGGGCUCUGUUUCAGGGAGUAGGAGAGGCGGCAGUAUACUUCCCCAUUCCUGCCCCUUCCAGUCAUCUCAGUCUCUCACAGAGGCAUCUCUUCCUCCCAUCCCACAGCUUUUUGUAUGAGCCAUUUUGUAUAAAUUAUUUUUAUUUAAUAUUAUUCCCUGCUUUGUCAGGAGCAGGUGCUAGGCCCUCUGGAGCAGGGAGGAACUGAACUCUUCCUCUCUCAGCCUGAGACGGAGGUACUUGGUCACUGCACUGCCACCCACCUCUGGAAGCUUGGCCCGGCAGAGAAUCAGGUGGCUGCAACCUGGGCCACCCGGAGCCCCUCUCUUGGCUGUCACCCAGUGCCUCUCUGCUGGGUGAGAGUGAGGGCAGGACAUUGAUCGCCCAGAAUGUGGACAUUGGGAGAAGCCAGGGGGCUCUUCCCCACAAGAAGCU